UUUACAUCCUCCAGGUUGGGGGGAAACCCCGGAAGUGCCGCCCGGGCGCUAAUCAAAUCUCAGGCUAAGAAUAAGCGUCCUGAGGAAGGAGUGGCCUGGGCCGGAGCAGCGGAGGUGACGAGCGGGCCAGGAGGAGCUGCGGCCAGCGGACAGGGUGGCCAUGGAUCCCUGCCCCGAAGAGCAGUACUGGGACCCCCGGCUGACCGCCUGCCUCCACUGCAGAUCCAUCUGCAGCCAUCAGGUUCCGCGCACGUGUGCAGCCUUCUGCAAGUCAUUCAGCUGCCGCAAGGAGCAGGGCAGGUACUAUGACCAGCUACUGAGGGACUGUAUCAGCUGUGCCUCCGUUUGCGGACGUCACCCCAGGCAGUGCGCAUUCUUCUGCGAGAGCAAGGUCAGGAGCCAAGGGAGCCUCCCACCGGAGGUCAGGAGACAGCGGACCGGAGAGGCCUCGACCAGGGCAGACAGCCUGGGCAGGCACCAGGGGUCAGAGCACAGAGGAUCGGAUGCGGGUCCAGCCUCCGCAGGGCUGAGGCUGAGCGCCGACCAGCUGGCCCUGGUCUACAGCACGCUGGGUCUCUGCCUCUGCGCCGUCAUCUGCUGCUUCCUCCUGGCCGUGGCCUGCUUCUUCAAGAGGAGGCAGGGCCAGUUCUCCUGCCGGCCGCCCCCCGGGCCAUGCCGCAUCCAGGCCAAGUCCUCCAAGGAUCACUGGAUGGCAGCGGGCAGCGCGGCUGGGGGGCCGCCGGAGCCGGUGGAGACUUGCAGCUUCUGCUUCCCCGAGCGCAGGGCGCCCACCCAGGAGAGCGCAGGCGCGCCCGCCUCACCCGGGCCCGAGCACGCGGGGAGGUGGGCGCGCUGCGGCCCGAGCGCAGCCGGACAGCCCUGCGUGCGCGCCCCCGACGGCGAGACGGCGGGCUUCGAGGUCAUGCGCACGCCUGCCCAGGAAGGAGGCCCCCCCACGUGAACCUGGCGGAACGGUCCACCAUCACCCCCCCACACCCCUGCUGUCCGGGCGCCACACCUGCUGGACACGGCGAACCCUUCUGAAGAAAUAAAACCGCCCUCGCUGCCCAGUCCCGUCUCCCCGUGAUCACUGCGCGGUCGGGCCCCCCACCCCCCGCUCGAGGGCUGGGUCUCUCCAGGCAGGUGGCCUCUGUGGCGUCCGAGGUGGCAGGUGCGCUGCCGCUUCCGUGUAAGAGGACAAAGCUGCCGGCCUCCUGCGCCUCCUCAGGGAGGCGUGACAGCUGCUGUGCGCGCGCGCGGGCACGGGGUGCUGGUCCCUGUGUGCGGAAGGCUGGCCGAGGGUGCAGAGGAAGGGCGGGCAGGCUGCGCCCGCCGCCAGGCUGCCGCGUCCCCAGACCACCGCAGGAGCGCGCUCACUUAGACACGAACCUGCACGCUUCUUUAAAUAAUCUUUUCUUCCUUUGUUUUAAGGGCCGCCCCGCGGCAUAUGGAGGUUCCCAGGCUAGGGGGCUAAUCGGAGCUGUAGCCGCAGGGCUACACCACUGCCAAGCCACAGCCACAUCCAGGCCGAAGCUGCGGCCUGCUCCACAGCUCAGGGCGACGCUGGAUCCUUAAACCACUGAGCGGGGAGGCCACCCUGCGUCUGCACGGGUUCUGGCCAGACGGGUUUCCUCUGAGCCGUGUCAGGUACUCCAGUCAUCGUUUUAACUUACCUUUGCUUCUAGACCCCCUCUCACCUCCUGCUGAAUUGCACGCAUUCUGACUGAUGGCGCUGGUGACAUCCAAGCAUUCCUACGUUCCCAACGCCACGUAUUCGAUGUACACACAUCCCCGUUAGCACUGAAACCUCCAUUUUAGCAGCAUUUAAACCUGAAACCGCAUGACUCCGAGAGGCACUUGCACAGAGAGAUAGAGGCAGGGUCAUGCACAUCACCAGCCACCUCCCGAAACGGCCUGGCACACGGACACACAUCCAAGGCUCACACAGCACACUUUGGCUGGUGUGGACAGGAAGGCUGAUGCUCGUCUUCGAGCCACCCGUGGGCUAAGAGGCCCUGCCCGCUUCCAGGGCUGCCGUUUGGAGCACCUCACACCAGCAGCUCCACCGGCAGACACCGUGCUGUCUGAGGCUGGAGCCCACGGAGGUGUCCUCGGGCCGGUCCUGCGGAGGCCGAGGCAGGAGGAGCCGGGGCCCUGCGGGCGGUCUUGCUGUGACUCCUCUCAUCCGCUUCCCUCCGUGCAGCUGUCGCUGCAUCCAAGUCCCCCCUUUUCAUAAGCACCCCAUUCUCACAGGACCACGGCUGUACGUCUCCGAAGAGGGUCGUGCGGGUGGCAGCCAGGGUUAGGAGGCCACCUUCCAGGGGACACGCUCAGGCCAGGACACGUGCCUCCCCAGGUCACCCCUGCUUCAGCUCUGUCUGAAGGCAAGUUGGCUUCUAACAAGUUCCUGCCCAAGACAAGUCAGCCCAAUGUGGGAAAUGGGGACAUUUCAGUGCAGUGUCGCCUGUACAGCACUGACUCUCAACCCUGUACCUGCCGGCAACGCAACAGCACACUUCCGAGCUGCCCACAUGCGCCAGACGUGAAAGCCCGUCCAGGGAGUGGGGAGCCCCUCUCCCUCUGCAGUUCUCGAAUUCUGCUCAUCUGAACCCAAGGGGCUCUGGGGAUGCUUCUGGGGCUGGAGGGGGCAGGGUACGGCUGCCGAAAACACAGGGAAACGAAUGCCAUACUAUGGCUUUUGACAGACAGAAUAACCUUGCUUUUUGUCAGUUUUUCAAUUGGUCUUUUGUACAUUUACAUGGGUUUCGGACCGGGGUUCCUUGCUGGAAAGAAAAUCUGAAAACUCUGCAUACCAUCAAUUU